AUGUUGACCACAGAGACGUUGAUAGCUCUACUCGGCGUUUGUCUUGAGUCACUUCUUCUUCCACCCGAUUGGCCAAUGCUGGUGCUGGGCAUUGCAGUCCUGUACGCAUUGGGCUUGUGCCUCAGUCACGAGGCGACCAACGGACAAAUUCACGCAGAGACGUCCCUCAGUUCGACACCAAACGAAUCACUGUACUGUAUGGACAUGGUUUUUGACGUCUCCAUUUCAGGCAUGUCUGAAUUCGCCAUAGUGAAUAUACAAAUUGGCGAGAGUGAGGAGGAGAACGAGGAGGAGGAGGAGGAAUCGGAUGCGGAGGUGGAGUCAGGUAUAAUGGGUUGCUUGACGGCACUCGCAGCUUUCAAGUUGCAACUUCGAAUCAACGUCUUAGUUAUUCGGCUGUUGGCAGGUGGACCACGUGAUGACGCG